AAAGACGCCACGCCCCCAGCUCGGCCCAUCAGCAGGAAGCCUGCAGGAGGAAACAGGAAGCGGCACGAGCCAGAACAAUCAAAAGAGCCGACUUUAUACGACCGUAUUCGAGCAGAGAGCCAAUCAAAACCCUCUGAUAACAUGCCCAAUGUGGAGAGUCUACUGACCGACGAAGAGAUGCAGAUACUGAGCAAAAGGGCCAAGAACAUUGAAGAAAAUAAAGCUAUGCUUGCAAAACUUUUUGCAGACUUGAGUUCUUUGCCUGAACUGCCUUCUAAAACGACACCUACGAAGAAAAAGAAGCAGUCCACCUCGAAAUGGCGGUUUUCAGAGGUUCAGGUCGAGAGACGGAACCCGGGCCGAAAGGCGAGACCCCCGGAGCAUUUCGGGAUAGAGGUGGAGGAAAAACCGGCUCCUCAGAAGAGAGAGAGGGGAUCGAUCGACAUCAAGCGCCUGAUGGAGGCAAGAGACACAGAUCACUGA